AUGAGCUGGCCAGAGUUCGCACAUUCGAGGGACCUUGAACUGAGACAGCAGCAGCAACAACAGAUUAAGACGAUACUGCGACACAGAUGGGAGUUUGUGAGUAGUGAGACUCUGCUCACAGCGGGGAGGAACUAUAGUUACUACUUCGAGUACGUCGUCCCACCGACAGCGCAGGAAUCCGUGAGAGUUGACUAUGCACAGACGAAGUACAACUUGUCCCUAGAGAUAUGGAAACCACAUAAGCGGAAACCACUCUGCGGGAAGGUGCCCGUCCAGGUGGUCCGGUCCCCACACGAGGACUCACUAGCUGAUACAGAACCAAUAGUGAUCGCAAAGAACUGGAAGGACUCUCUCUUCUACGAGAUCACCGUUUCCUCGAAAUCCGCACUGCUAGACGCCUACUUGCCCAUAUCCGUGUACGCAAUGCCCAUCGAAAAGGUGCAUCUACAUAGAGUCAGAAUCUACCUCACUGAAACCAUCAAUUACAGGUACAUACCACGGAGGGCAGAUGCAGAUAAGGAAUUCCACAGGAGAGGGCCCCAGAACAAAUACCUGUUGUUGGAACAUAAUGGACCUGAAAACGACACGAAUGGCGUACUGGACUUCUUCAAGAGAAGGCCGAAGAAUGAGGUGAAAAGUUAUGGGAACCUGUUACAGGAGGAUGAAGGUGACACCAACAACGGGGACGGGAACGGUCAAACGUGUCUCGCGAACAAACUGUUCGAGUACGACGUAUACGUGCCACAGAUAUUCAACAGCUUCAAACAAUUCCACCCAGAUACGAACUCGAGAGAGGUCGAGAUUAAUCACUGGUUACAAGUAUCGCUGAGGAUCUCAAAGAUGAUCUCAGACGAGAGGAAACAUUUUGAAGUUACAGUGGAUACCCCGAUUCAACUAGUAAAUAAACUUUGCUCCCAUGCAAACAUCCUGCCACCCAGAUACGAUACAACAGUUCGCAACAGCAACGCAACUGACCAACAGUUCCACUCAUCUAAUAGACGUUUCCCGAAGGAGAUUUAUCAGACUGCAAUAUUAUCCCCAGAUGUCUUCUCCACGGAUGUAACAAUACCGAACGUCGUGGUAGUGCCCGGUUCAAACCCAAGCAAUGUAACAAGGUUAGUACACACAACCAAACGGCGCUCGGAACCUCUCCUGAAAACACCCAAAUUCUUGUCAAACAUAUAUCAACCAAGGGUGCUACCGCAGGGAUUGACCACGGCGCAGGCUGUUCCGAAAUCUGCAAGAAACGAAUCGGAGACCGCUAUAAUCGAUUCAGACGACUCGGACCCAUUUUCGCUUCUCAUUAAUGACCCAAAGACGGAUAUCGCACCGCCAUCGUACGAUGAAUCAAUGCUAAUGGCAAACGACCACAUUUCUAAAGAAACAACGACAACACACUGGGAUGACACUGUUGAUGAAGACUUGGCAGCACAAUGGAGCAGGUACAAGAUAGAGUUUGUGCCAAACUACGCCAAACGGAAGAGAAGAACGACUAGUUCAACACUCACUGAAGCCAACCAUAUUCAGGUAAUAAAACACACGUUACCUUUGCAGGAUGGGGAGGAAGAUAUGGCAACGUUGUUCAACGUAGAGGAACACUCUGGGAUGCCGAUCCCUCUGAACAACUAG